CAGUGGCAAGUGUGGCCGGGAUGGUCGCGAUAGUUUUCAUUCUCUACAAGUGCCUCGUGGAGCAUGGGCUGCCAUCAAUAAAUUUUAACACCAGCGGAGCUACAGCAGCCACAUCACAACCUUUUGCAACAAUCCCAUAUUCGCAGAUCAAGAUGACAACGGUGGAGAAUUUUCUCAACGACAUUGCUCAAGAGAAACCCAUCAGGUUUUCACCCAAGGAGAUAGAAAUUUUCACCCAUAAUUAUUCCACAAAAUUGGGCUCCGGUGGCUUUGGAGCAGUUUACAAGGGAGAACUCCCAAAUGGCGUGCCGGUGGCUGUUAAGGUCCUUACAGGAAGCUUGAAUAAGAGAGUUGAAGAGCAGUUCAUGGCUGAAGUGGGGACGAUUGGGAGAACAUAUCACGUCAAUCUAGUGAGGCUCUAUGGCUUCUGCUUCGAUGCCACGAUGAGAGCUCUCGUGUAUGAGUACAUGGAGAAUGGUUCACUUGACAACCACUUGUUCCACGAGGAUCCCGAGAUCGAAUGGGGAACACUACAUGAGAUUGCAAUUGGAACAGCCAAAGGAAUCCGAUACCUGCAUGAGGAGUGCCAGCAGAGGAUAAUUCACUACGACAUAAAGCCUGCGAACAUCCUCCUUGAUGCAGACUUCAGUCCAAAGGUAGCCGACUUUGGCCUAGCUAAGCUAUUAAGCAGGAGAAACACUCAUGUGAGCAUGACAGGAGGAAGAGGGACGCCAGGCUAUGCUGCACCGGAGAUGUGGAUGCCCUCUCCGGUCACAUACAAGUGCGACGUUUAUAGUUUUGGCAUGCUGUUGUUUGAGAUAGUUGGGAAGAGGAGGAAUCUCGACAUCAGCCUAGGAGAAAGCCAGGAGUGGUUCCCCAGGUGGGUGUGGGAGAAAUUUGAGACUGCGCAACUAGGGGUGGUGGCAUCAGUUUGUGGAAUAAGGGAAGAGGACAGAGAGAUGGCAGAGAGAAUGUGUCAGGUGGCCUUGUGGUGUGUUCAGUAUCAGCCUGAAGCAAGGCCCCCUAUGAGCAAAGUGGUCAAGAUGCUGGAGGGAGAGAUGGAAAUCGACCCCCCGUUGAAUCCAUUCCAGCAUUUGCUCACAUCUGGGGCAGCUAUUGCUAACUGGACUGACAGCAGCGCGGGCUCAACAGCAACUGUAGAAACACGUGAUGAAAAUCCAAAUGAAGACUCCAAGCGUACGACGAGGAUGCAUGAAAUAGAGAUGGUAAUAUGUUCGUCGUGAAUUAUUGUAUGUCUUUUACAUGUCUUGAAAGAAGGGAUACAAUAUAUUCAUGACGAAGUUUCCAUGUGAAAAAGAAAUUAUUGAUGUCUCUAUUUCAUGAGUUUUUAUCUUUUUGAAUGUGUACCUUUAAAUUUCCACUGA